AAAAUAUGAGUAAACAUGUCUGAUCCAAACAUUCACACAUGUGAGAGGAACUGUUAAGCUUACGCGUGAAGUUUUCUUUCCGUGUUGUUGUUUUCUCUUCUAACAUGAAGUUACGGUGACCGUCGUGAUCGUUAAACUCGUGUCCGUCCUCUCGGUGAAACGUCUCGGGUCGCUGUGUCGUCAUGUCGUUGCUGAGGCGGUGUUUUCUGCGGUGUGACCUGAACGGUGCCGUGGCCGUGAGGUGUUUACCGUGUCCCGGGAACAGGGGGGCGAGUGAACACCGGCGAAACGCCACCGUUAGAGGAUACUGCUCCACGGUCGAGGAGGGUGAGGUGAGGGUGAGGUUUGCGCCCAGUCCCACAGGUUUCUUACACCUUGGCGGUCUCCGAACUGCUCUCUACAAUUACAUCUUUGCAAAGAAGUAUGGAGGCGCCUUCAUCCUGCGACUGGAGGACACAGAUCAGAGCAGACUGGUGCCAGGAGCAGCGGAGUCCAUCGAGGACAUGCUGGAGUGGUCUGGUAUCCCUCCAGAUGAGAGUCCUCGUCGAGGCGGGCCGGUGGGUCCAUAUUUGCAGUCUCAGAGAUUAGACCUGUACAGUCAGACGGCUCAGGAGCUUUUGAAGAGCGGUCACGCCUACUACUGUUUCUGCAGCUCACAGAGACUUGAGCUGCUGAAAAAAGAGGCUUUGAGGAGUGGACAGACUCCAAGGUAUGACAACAGGUGUCGUCACCUUCGGGCCGAUCAGGUCCAAGAGAAGGUGGCUCAGGGAGUGCCUCAUGUGAUCAGGUUUCGCCUGGAGGAGGGCGUCGAGCCUUUUCAGGAUCUGAUCUUUGGAUGGAAUCGUCAUGAGGUGGCUCAGGUGGAGGGAGACCCUGUGGUCAUCAAAGCAGACGGUUUCCCCACCUAUCACCUCGCCAACAUCGUGGACGAUCAUCACAUGAGGAUCAGCCAUGUCCUGCGAGGCUCCGAGUGGCUCAUCUCCACCUCCAAGCAUCUCCUCAUGUACAGCGCUCUCGGAUGGAAACCGCCCACCUUUGGACACCUGCCGCUUCUCUUGAACAAAGACGGGAGUAAACUGUCCAAGAGGCAGGGGGACAUUUUCAUCCAGAGCUUCCAGAGAGACGGCGUCCUGCCCGAGACUCUGCUGGACAUCACCACCAACUGUGGGUCUGGAUUUGCCACCAGUCGAAUGGGCAGGAAGAUUGACGAGCUGAUCUCUGAGUUUAAUCCUUCAAAGAUCACAACUCAUUCAGCUUUGUUAGACCUGGAAAAACUACCAGAGUUCAGCAGGAUCCACCUGCAGCAGCGGAUUGACGACGACGAGCAGUGCCUCUCACUGAUCAAAGACCUGCAGGCUCAAAUCCGCCAGACCUUCGCAGCAGAGAUCCAUGAUGAAGACGUCCUACAUGAAGAUUACAUCCGGCGGGUGCUGUGUCUUCGCAAGGGUCACAUUUCCUCCUUGAAGGAGCUCGUAAGUCCUGAAUAUUCUUACCUGUGGGUACGUCCUUCCUUCUCCAGCCAGCAGGUGACAUCACUCACAACCGAAGCCCAGCACAUUGCCUCAUUGGUGCUGAAAUUAAUAGAAGAGCGACGUGAGCAGCUGAACCUGAACCUGGAUCAGCUCAGUAAGGAUCUGAAGACUUUGUCCAAACAGACCAAAGCCACAAAGUACAGAGAAGUGAUGAAGCUCUUGCGUCUGGCUCUCAGUGGUCUGCAGCAAGGUCCCAGUGUGGCCGAGAUGAUGGUGUCUCUGGGUCCAGCAGAGGUCAGCCACCGAUUCCAGAAACUCCUGCUGCUGUCGGGGACGACGAGUUAGAGCCUGGAGCGACUGUCAACCUCAGCUGGAGAGGUUAACGUGAAUAAUCCUCACUUUUGAUCCUACCACAACAAAACUCAUUUUAAAUUAUGAACUGCAGCCCAAAUGGUGUCAGUUAAACAAGACUUGAAUUAUUAUGAAUAAGUGACAAAGCUGGUUUGUAUUCAGCAGUGUGAGAAGUGGCAGGAUCAGGUGACAUCAGGGACCCAAGGAGCGGGAAGUACCUUGAUAUUUUUUUAUGUAAAUUAUCUUUUUGCUUAAGCUCGGGAAAACAUUAACGAACUCUGGUUUGCAGAUGUGUCGCACAGUCAAACAGGGAAAAUGUACAAUUCAACAACACCUGUCAUUAAAAAGACUGACACAAAAAGAAAAAGUAGAACACCACAAAUGACAUGUCAAAUGAUUUCAAUCCCUGCUGACUCUAAUGCAUCAUUUAUAAAAACUGCCUAGCUGUCA